AAAUAUAAUUAAGGUUAUGAAAAGUUUUUAAACUGUAAUUUAAAAACUACAGAGAUUACUUUAAAAUUUACAAAUGAAUUUUUCCGAGCAAAAUCUCUGAAAAAAUCUCUAAAUUUGUCAAAUUGUAAAUGGAUGGUGCUGAUGCUAGAAAUACCCAUCUCUGUUAUUAAAUUAUGAUAGGAUCUAAUUAAAAUGUUGUUCCCAAAUAUUUGUGUAGCUAUGAAAUGUAGCAUGUGACUCUAAUAUUAUUUAGACAGUAAAAGAACAUUUGUUUUAGUGUUUAAAACUUAAAGCUCCCUCUCCCAUCCUCCUACUCCUCCCCUCCCAUACAUGAUGUAAGCAGGGUUAUGCAGAUCCUCCUCAUGGCAGAAGGAGGGGAGCCUGCAGAACUUUUCCUUUUAAAUGACAGAGUCAGCUGUGUGGGAAUUUUUUAGAAUGGUAAUUUUAGCAUGUCAGUUGUUAUUAUACGUAAAAGCCUGAUCAACUUUCUGCUUAGAUUAAUAAUCUGGCUAAUUUAGACACUAACAUUAAUAAAUUAACCUCAAUAUGACAGAAAAGUAGCAUUUUUCUGCAAAAAUUUUUCUCUUUAGUAAUAAAUUAUGACUUCAUGUAAUUAUUCUAUUAUCUAUUAUUGUUCACAAAUAUAAAAAAUGAAAAAAUGAUUUUAAAAGUGCCUUCCAUUGCAGCUUUGCAAAUUUAUUUUAGUUCAUGUUUCAAAUAGUUUCUAGUUGUUGUGUAAAAUUGGAACCGGUUGUUUGCACCCUACCCGCAUUACUGUGUACUUUGUUGUGGGUCUGGUAUUUUGUGUAUUUCUGCUUCUUUUGUAGAUGCUGUGUGUGACAAGGCGAGCACCUGAGGGGUCAGAGCCAUUUGAAACAUAAUUUCACAUAAAGAAAGUACUAGAGAUUUAAGACAACAUUCAUACACUGAAAUAUCACAAAAUGGAAUGUUAUGAUACUGAAUCUGUAUUUAAAAGCAGUGGAUUGAUUUUAUUUGAGAAUUUAUGUGCUGCAAGUCAAACUCCGACUGCUAGGUGGUAGCACUUGUUAUCGCCCGUGUUCUGAUGGAAUAACGAGAUCUCACGAUAACGCUGGAGGUGUCUUGGAAUUGUUUUGUCUGAGUUUUUGUCUGGCUUUUAGUAUCACAAUUUGUUGUAACACCAGAUUCUUUCCAGUAAAUACAUCUACACACAACAGUAAAUUAGGUCAAAAAGGAAUAGGAUGAGGCAUUUCUUAUGUUUCCUUCCCUAAAUUAAAUUAAGACACCUACAGUAUAGUAGUAGUAGUAGUAGUAGUAGUAGUAGUAGUAGUAGAGAGCAUAAAUCCAAAGUAUCAGCAGGGUCUUAAAAUGAAAAUGAUUUAACUAGUAGGUUUACAGAUACCACUUUUACUAAUAUUUUUUUAAAUAAUUGAUCACUUUGGAUUUUUCAUGCAGGCUGAACUUGAAAAUAGUCUCCUACACCUAUCUCCUGCAUUAUCUUCUGAUAGAAAUUAGAUGAUGAAACUAGGAUUUGAAAACCCUCGCAUAUCCACGUCACACUGUCACUUAACAUUCAUCAACUCACCCAUCUUGACUCUAGACAUCUAGAGUCCAGUAAUCAGCAGAGAACAUCUCGACUAAUAGAAGCUAAUCGGUAGCAUUAGCAACUCCACAACUGUGCAUGUUAUUUGUGGAGAUAAAACAUCAAUGUUGCAAAGAAAACUUGAGUCAGAGGUAGAGUUGUGUUGCUGUUGUCCAAUCAGAGUUGAGAUGUCAAAAUAUCAGGAAAGAAGACUUCAAAUUAAGUUAUCUUCUAGUUCCUGAAACAGGAGCACCAGAGCUUUUUUCUCCUAGAAAGCAACUUACAAGGCAUUGAUUCCUACUAGAGGCCACUGCAGAUGUAAUAAAAUAUGGGUGAAGUUGACUUUUAAGUUAAAUUAAGACCCUUAAAAAGUUUUGAAAUGUCUUCAAUACAUUUUGUAAAGUGUUCCGUGUGGUUAGUUUCGAAAUCUUGUCUGAAUAUGUCUAUAAAAAUAGAUAAAAUAAAGCAUUGUUUUCUUUUAUGCCAGAUGUUUGGCUGGGGUUCAGUACUACAUGAUACCAUACCACUUUAUUUAUAUAGCAUAUAUAAAAUAUUGUGUGAGCACUGACCAAAGUUCUGCACAGGCAGGUUCAUGAAAAACCAACAGGUCAGUCUGACACCAUGGUGCCGAUAGGACGUGGCGCACCAGUUCAUCUCAUCCUAUUGGCUCCACGGUGUCAGAUUGACCUGUAGGGAGAAAUAGUUCAGGCCUGCAAGUUAAAGGUUAACUUCUGGUCAUUUUUGAUGAAUUACUUGGCCUUUUGGUACGCUACAUAUCAAAGUAAAACCGUCAGUGCAAAACAGUAAAAUCAAGUAGAAGCAGUAAAAACAAAAAUAGCAAUAAGAGAAGACAAUAAACGAUGUCCUAAAUCACUUCAGACAUGGAUCUGAAUCACAAACUAUAAUUGUUUUUAAAACGGAACUAGGCAGUUUUGACUUGUUUUUGGCACCCUCUAUUGACCAUUUGUAGAACUGAAAGCAAAAUUUAUCUCCUCGCUGUUCGUUCAUCUUUUUAACAUCUUAAUCUAACAGGUGAAAUGCCUCCCCAGCCUUCAUUAGUGUCUACAGGAGUGAUUAAUCAUUAAAUUAAAUCAGCUGUGUCAUCAGUGUUUAUGAUCUAAAACAUGCAGGAAAUGUGCUGGAAGCAGACCUCAGCUCCAACAGAGUGACCCGCCAGUCUGAAGUUGCAAGUGUGACAUUCUGGCCACAGGGGACGACAGGAGCUGGUUGGCCUUUCAAGAAAAUGUUUUAAGUGUGAAAAAGUCACAAAGGAUCCCUUUAAGGUUGCAUUUUGAAGCAUCUACUUCCAAAAAAAUUCAGUCUUAAAAAUUGCUCAUAUCACUGUAUUGCAAUACAUCGUAAAAUUCUUGCCAAUGCACACCCCCAGAAAUAACUUCAAGUAAAACACGGUGUGUCCCUGACAAAUCAAAGCUCUGAUUUUGUGCUCCUCACAUCAUCUUCUGCAGAUCUUUGUGGUCUCUUUGUACCUCAUGACAUUCCCAGUGUCUCUUUAGGGAGUUUAAAGCCUCUAAAUGUUUCACAAGCCAUCUCAGCGGUUCACCUCAUCCAGAUCUCCAUGGAAGAUGUAUAACUGACGCUUUUCUUCAACUGGUUUUCUUGUCCCAACAAACCGCAUUGUCAGACCAACUAAGACUCUAAAAAGACGUUUCUUCAGACCUCGCGUGCCUUUGUGUGGAUCAGCCACACAUGAACUCAGUUGUGUUUUACCAUAAUUUAGCUACAGUGAGACGUUCCACAGUCACAGGAAAUGCAGAUAUCUUGAAGAUUGACAACCUGAAUGUUAUUUUUGGUCCUUUUCUUGGUGUUUCUCUGCAGCUCUGGUUGUUCCUGUGGAGAUGUUUUAUUGAGGCUAUAUUUAGUUUGGCCUUGGUACUGAUCCCAGGGCUGCAGAGGCAGAUGUGGUUCAGUACAGAAAUGCACAAUUCAGGACAUUCUAGCAAAGAAAUAUCUGAUGGUAUUUGCUUUAGAAACAACAACAUCAAUAAAAAAAUGCCUCUGUCACAGCCAGAACCUUCUUCUGACGGCAUGUUUGUGAGUGAAGCAGGUGAGCACGUCCUGUUCUCCCAGCUGCCUCUGUUUCAGAAGUAGGACAGGAGAGGAUCUCGCUGUAGCUCUUCAUCUCUCUCUUUUUCUCAGAGCAUAUUAAUAACCGACGUUUCAUCGCGUCACUUCAACCCACACAGACUGGGGGUGAUGCAUCCUCUUCACACAGACCAGAUAUGUCUCCGCUGUGGGGUUAGAGAUUGGCUGAGUCACUUCCCAUCCUUAGAGGAGACUUAAAACGGGGCUUAGCGGAGAGGAUGCAGUGCUUGUCUGUGACAAUGCCCUCCAAGUGAAAGUCAGCCACCGGGGAAGAGGAACAGAGGAAGGCUCCUGUUACAAAAAACAAAGAGGAGAAAAAGUGGUAGUUUUCGGGGUCUCUGUCUCUUUAAGCUGACUGGUUGUUGCUGCAGAGCGUGUGGGUGCUGCAGCAGACACACACACACACACACACACACACACACAGAGGUAAGAGAGAAACAGCAGGGCGAGAGAGGAACGAGGCAAACCGCAGAGAUUCCAGUCUCUGAUCUGAGGCGUGAGACGUGUAGACCAGAGUAAAGACAGGACAGAGAAGAGGUGAGACUAUAGGGGAGUGUGUGAGGAGAACAGGUGGAGGGGUGGCAGAGCGUCCGGAGAGGGGGCUGUUUACACGGAGCGUGGCACCGGUGGCAGAGUGGCUCCGCUGGGAUGGGAAAGGGGGGCAGUGGGUGGGCUGGCGCUGGGGCAGUCCGCAGAGGGACAGGGGUGGCCGGCGACAGGACAGAAGGUCCAGCGACAGCUACGCACACAAGACCGUGCCAGUGGGAUGGUGCCAACAUGUGCCAACGCCAUCCAUGGCACAGAUAGCACCUCUCUGCUCUGGGCAGGGGGAGGCCAAGGGGGCAACAGGGAGAGCUGACGGGGCGGGAAGGACAUUCCUUGGCCAGGUGUCGCUGUGUCUGGAGGAGGUCAGGGGCGACUCGGAGGGCGAAGCCAGCAGCGCCUGCUUCGGUCAGGUGUCACGGCGGCUGGGGAGGCUGCUGAAGAGGCUGCCCAAGUCCCGCUCCUGGAGCGACAGCCUGAGAAUCCUCCGGCGGUCGGCAUCCAACGGAUCUCUGCUCAACUCCUCAGACUGCAGCUACACCUGCCACCUGGAGUGUAAGAGUCAUGUCCAGCUUGACUGCUACCAGAGGAACAGAGAGCCACAGGAAAGCCCACAUCCUAGAAGCCCCUGCUCCUCCACGGCUCCUCCAAUCAAGCAAACGGAGACGAAGGAGGAAGAGGUGGGAGGAACUAAAGACCUGUCAGAGGAAGAGGUGCAAGCCAUGAUUGAUGAAUAUAAUGGUCAAGUUUCAGAAAACGGAAUGAAACUGGCUGAGGAUGGAUUUUACACAGGUUUCAUUAAGGUCCACCUGCGGCUGCGUCGACCGGUGACGGUCCCUGCUUUGAAGGCUCUAGUGUCGGAAGGCGACCGCAGCCACACCCCGUCAGAGGACCAGGACGAAACGGACUCUGGGUACACGGAAAACAGGACAUCCUUCUAUUUACCAUGUGACUGUGUGAAGCAGCUACACAUAAGUUCUUCGACCACCACCAGAGAGGUCAUUCAGGGGCUGCUGAAAAAGUUCUUGGUGCUGGACAAUCCCCGCAAGUUUGCGUUGUACAGUCAGACGCACCGCGAUGGGCAGGACUUGUUCCAGAAGCUUCCUCUGUCGGAGCGUCCUCUUCAGCUGAGGCUGAUUGCUGGACCAGACGCGGAGCAGCUCACCUUUGUUCUUAAGGAAAAUGAGACAGGAGAGGUAGAGUGGCAUGCCUUCUCUGUGCCCGAGCUCCAAAACUUCCUGGUCAUCCUAGAGAAAGAAGAGACGGAGCGUGUCCGAGCGGUGCAACAAAAAUACGCUAUUUACCGAAAUAAACUACAGCAGGCCCUACAAAAACAGGAGCCGUGACCCAGGGACGAAUGGGUCGCUCGAACACUCGCCUAACCCCCAAAGAUCCUGUGAUCAGAUCGGAGAGCGACGCUCAAACUGAACUCGUCUUUAAACACAAACAAGCAGAUGUACAUCGUUUCUCAGGACGUACACAAGCCCUCUUACACUCCUCACGUAUACAUCUGCUCCCCGAGGAGAGGAUCUGGAUCGCCAAGGACACACUCACACAUACACACACACACACACACACACACACUUGAGAUCUUAUUUGUGACAGAUUUGAUUCUGUGAGGUUUUCAAAGACGCCCUGCUCCCUUUCUGCUACUUCUGCUGCUGCUACUGCAAGUGUUACUUAUGCAUGAGUGUCUCAGCUCAUCCGCCUGCACAUAGAGUUAGGAUUUAAGAAGGCAUGAGUACUUUUUUCUGCAUCAAACUGGGAUGGAAGGACAAUCACUGUAUGUUUUUCCCUAGAAAAUGAUGCCUCAGCAGUCACUUGAUGUUUUCAUUUUCCUGCUGAAUAUGUGGAUUUGUACGAGAAGCACUUAGGAUCAAGUUUUGACUUCCAGUUCCAUUCCUGAGGUGGAGUCCCAUUCCCUUGUUUGUUGGAUGAACGCACACCCGUUGUGAGACGUGAUCCUCACAUCUAACCCUUGUUUUCUUUUACUUUUCUGAAACACAAUCCCACCCUCUGAGUGGCUGAUAAAUAACUGUGACAUCAUUCCUUUUUUAUCCCGAUCUUACCAACCUUGUAUGUGAGGUUGGGAGUUGCGGCUCGAGGACCUUUACCUGAUCCACUGUUCCUGUAUUUAUCUUGUUUUUGAAUGUGAGAGAACUUUUACACCAAAUUUUAUAUUUACAGAUUUAUUUAGAUAAUCUAAAUGGGAUUAGAGACAUUUAAGGGUUUGUUCAGUUAAAGAGUGCAAAAAUAAACAGCUUCUGUUUUGCACAAAUGGGUUCAGGCCACAGAUCACUGACCUGGAUUCUCUGGCAAGCCAUUUGUGUAUUUAUUCAAUAUCUCUGAUACCAAGCUUCAUUUUGCUCUGCUAGUUCACCACUACACUGUAAUGUUACAAUAUUUUGGUUGGCUAGUUGACAUUUUUACGAGCACUAGUUAACUAGUAAAGUCAAAAAGCAUUAAUAAGUAAAGUAGUUAGCAAUUAGGAUUUGUUGACUUAAAAGACUUAAAUUAGUUGCACUAGUCAAUUAAAGCAGAAAUCCAGAGUUUCUUUUUCUCAGAGGGCACCAUCUAGAGGUGGAAAAAUAUAUUACACCUCAGGGUUUCCCCAGAAAUUGGAGUUAAGCCUGGUGGAUUCG